AGCAACGUAGCCCACUGGGACAUAUAUAAAGCCAUCGCCCACAGAGCAGCAUCUCUCAAUUUCUCACAUCCCAUACUUCAUCUAGUCUCAUAAUGGUUGCCGAGAUCUCCACCAAGGCACAGCUCGAGGAGUUGACCAACGAUGCCAGCAAGCUCACCGUCAUAGACUUCACUGCGAGUUGGUGCCCUCCUUGCCAGGCGAUUAAGCCGAUUUUUGAAGGCCUCGCGAAUGAGAACGACAGCGUGAACUUCGUCAAGGUCGACCUCUCGGAGGGAACGAACGAGCUCGCCACUGAGUACUCCGUCACUGCUAUGCCAACUUUCAUUUUCCUGGUAGGCAAGGAAGAAGUGCACAGGAUCCGUGGCGCUAACCCGAGUGCCCUCAAAUCGACUGUCGCCCAGUAUGCUAAACCUGCAUCUUCUGGUGGGUUCUCUGGACAAGGCCGAACCCUUUCGGGUAAAGGCGGAUCGUCCGCACCUACUCACAACGUGUCAAACAGCUUAACCACCGUAUGGUCAAACACGAGCCCUCAAGCGAAAGUUUUAAUUGCACUUUGUGCAGCAUAUGUAUUUUUCUGGCUGAUAUAGAAAAGAAUGAGUUGUAGGUCAGGUUUCACGCUGGUGUACUACGAUACAAGCAAUAGCAAUCAGAUUUAGGCUUGAUG